UGGCGAGCCACUGCCGGAAGUGGCUGAAGGCAAAUCGGCAUUCGCCGAACCCGGUAGAGAUUACGGUGCCUGUGCUAGUUGCUGGUUUAGGCUUGAAAGAUGCCUGGUCUGGCGGCUGCAAGCCCUGCCCCGUCUGAGUCACAGGAGAAGAAGCCGCUGAAGCCCUGCUGCGCCUGUCCGGAGACCAAGAAGGCGCGCGAUGCUUGCAUCAUUGAGAAAGGGGAAGAGCACUGUGGACACCUAAUUGAGGCCCACAAAGAAUGCAUGAGAGCCCUGGGAUUUAAGAUAUGAAAUGGUGGUUUACUCUGUGAAUGAAUAAUUCCUGAAGAAUGAAGAAGACUCAGUAAUUUUGGGAAUUCUUUGUGGAACUUUGACAAAUGGAAAAAGUAUUUAUAAUUUAUUUUUGAAAAAAGAAUAUAUCUCUGGUCAGAAAUCA